AUGAUUAAAAAAUUGUCCAAUAACUUUUUUAAUUGUAUUACUUUACCUAGAUUGUAUACUACAUCUAAAUUAUAUAUACCUUAUAACAAAACUUCUGAUACUUACGUAGUUGUUGAACCCUUUGUUGAUCUCAAAAAUCAAUUAUCAAACAUAGCCAUUUUAAAAGAAAAUCUUAAAUUAAGGAAUAUCAACUUAGAUAUAGAUAAUAUUUAUGACAAAUGGCCUAGUUUUCAAAAAACUCGUGAUGAAAUUUUAAAAUUAACUUCAUUUAAACAAAGUAUUGCAGUAAAACUAAAGAAUAGUGAAAAAUUAAGUGAUAUGGAACUAAAAAAGAUUAAAAAUGAUAGGUACUCUAUUUCAUCAAGGUUAAAAGUACUCAAAAAGCAAAUAUCUGAUUUAGAAAAUGAAAUAGUUAUACCUAGUCUAAAUAUACCUAAUAACUUACAUCCUGAUUGUCCUAAAUCAGAAAUGUUGUAUAUUAACAAUUUUGAUAAUGUAAUAUCCAAUAACAUUAAUAAAAAAAAUCAUUUAGACAUUGGAACUACAAUUGGUUGUUUAGAGUACAAAAAUUCUAUUAUGGUUUACUUAAAGAACAAAGCAGCUAUGUUUGAAUUGGCUACAUUAGAAUAUUUUAUUGAGUCUUUAGAAAAACAUGGUUUUACUCAACUUUGUAAUUCAGAUAUGGUUAAAAGUGUGAUAGUAGAAGGAUGUGGACUGGAUAGUUAUAAUCCAACUACGACAUUAAAGCUCGAAGCAGAUAACCUACAUUUAGUUGGUGGUGCCAAUUUACUUACACUCUGUGCACUUCUUACAAAACAAUGUAUUGCUGGAAAUAGAUUACCAUUAAAAAUAUAUGCAUCUGGUCGACUUUAUAAAUUUCCAAGUUUUUAUGAUGAAGGACUAUUUUCUACUGUUCAAUCAAAUGCUGUUCAUUAUUUGAUAGGCUCUGCUUGUGAAUUUCAAGCCAAAGAACAAUUUGAUAAAAUGGUUUAUAUGUACAAAAAACUAUAUGAUGAAAUUGGAAUAAAUUAUCGAAUUGUUUACUUACCUGCCUCUAAGUUAGAAAAUUGGGAAAGUUUAAAGGCACAAGUAGAAUUAUAUUCAAUAAGUAAUGAAAAAUAUUACACAGCUGGAACAAUAUCGCUAUCUAAUGAUUUUAUUACUAAACGACUUAGGAUUUACUAUUCUAAUAAAAAAAAAGAAAAAUUAUAUUUGAACAUGGUUAGUGGUAAAAUUGUUGAUGUAAAUGUGCUUCUUGGAUGUAUACUGGAGUACAAUAUUAAUGAAUUAAACAUACCAAAUUGUAUUAAAGAAUAUAUGAUUUAACUUUAAAUCUAAAAAAGGUUUAAAUUAAAUAUUAAUAUGAAAUUGUAAUAAAAAAAUCUUAUUGAAAUAAAAUUUUCAUGAUUUAAACUUAUUGGUAGUUAUACUAACCCCCUUUUAUAGUAAAUUGAUGAAAUAAAUAAAUAAUUUUAACUUUCUGAAAAUUCAACUACAGUAAAUGACAUUAAAUAUAAAAUAUUUUGAUAGAAACACAACUAAUAAUAUUGUUAAUGUACAUUUGCAUUAUAAAGUAGUUCAAAUAAAGUGUUAGACAUUUAUUUUGUUAAAAUCAUAUCAAUAUUUUCAGUUAUUUAUUUUUUCAAACUUAAAGUAAAGAUUUUAUUUAUAAUAUUCCCUUAUUUAAGUUAAUAUAGUAUUUAUGAAGUUAAAAAACACUUAAUUCUUUUGAAACAAUACAUUUUUAUAUAAUAGAGCAGUAUUUUUUUUCUCUUUUUCAUACUGAAAAUAUAAUUUCGAGUACUUAAGUAUUAAUUACAUUAUUUUUCUUAUUAGGGUUCAAAAUUUAUUAUUUAUAAGGAAACUUUUUUUAAUCACCAAUAUUAUUUUUGGUUAUUUUUCAACGUUUUUUUUUAUAAAAUCUAGGUAUAAUAAAUCACCUUUGAGUUGUAAAACAAUUAAUUAAACUAAUUAUAGUGCAA